AAUCAGAUAAGAUCAAUAUCAUAAAUGAGUGAAAGGGCAUUGAAGAAACAGAAAGUGUCUGAAGAGUCUACUGCGGAGAUUGUUGCAGAAAUAGCUGAAGAAAAUUUACGUAAACAUCCUCAUGCAGUUGAAAACAAUUCUUUGAUUCAUCACGAUGAUGGUGAAUUUUCCAAAUUUAAGAGACAUGAAACAACUGCUGAACAAGCAGAAGCUCUUGAAAAUGGUCAUGAGAAUCCAUUCACAGGUAAGCCAUUUUCUCAAAAGUAUUUCUCAAUUUUGAAAGGUAGAAGAGACUUACCUGUUCAUGCUCAACGUGCUGAAUUUUUAAAGAUAUUUCAAUCUACUCAAAUCAUGGUAUUUGUUGGGGAAACUGGUUCAGGUAAGACUACACAAAUCCCUCAAUUUGUAUUAUGGGAUGAUUUACCUCAUUUACGUGGUACUCAGGUUGCAUGUACACAACCAAGAAGAGUUGCUGCAAUGUCUGUUGCUGCGAGAGUUGCUGAUGAAUUAGAUGUUGAAUUAGGUGAAGAAGUUGGGUACAGUAUUAGAUUUGAGAAUAAAACUUCUAAUAAGACAAUCUUAAAGUAUAUGACAGAUGGUAUGUUAUUAAGAGAAGCUAUGGAAGAUCAUGAUUUAAAAAGAUACUCGGUUAUUAUACUAGAUGAAGCGCAUGAAAGAACAUUGGCAACAGAUAUUUUAAUGGGUUUAUUAAAACAAGUUAGUGUAAGAAGACCAGAUUUAAAGAUCAUUAUUAUGUCAGCUACCUUAGAUGCUGAAAAAUUUCAAAAUUAUUUUAAUGAUGCCCCAUUAUUGGCUGUUCCUGGUAGAACUCAUCCUGUUGAAAUUUAUUAUACUCCUGAAUUCCAACGUGAUUAUUUAGAUGCUGCCAUUAGAACUGUAUUACAAAUCCAUGCCACUGAAGAUGAAGGUGAUAUUCUUUUAUUUUUAACAGGUGAAGAAGAAAUUGAAGAUGCAUGUAGAAAAAUCUCCCUUGAAUGUGAUGAAUUAAUUAGAGAACAAAACUGUGGACCAGUAGAUGUUUAUCCAUUAUAUGGGUCCUUACCACCACACCAACAACAAAAAAUUUUCAAUCCUGCACCAGAACCAUUAAGACCAAAUGGAAGACCAGGAAGGAAAAUUAUUAUAUCUACCAAUAUUGCUGAAACAUCUUUGACAAUUGAUGGGAUUGUUUAUGUUGUUGAUCCUGGUUUCUCAAAACAAAAGGUUUAUAAUCCAAGAAUCAGAGUUGAAUCUUUAUUAGUUUCACCAAUAUCUAAAGCAUCUGCUCAACAAAGAGCUGGUCGUGCUGGUCGUACAAGACCAGGUAAAUGUUUUAGAUUAUAUACUGAAGAAGCAUUUAAAAAGGAAUUAAUUGAACAAUCAUAUCCUGAAAUUUUAAGAAGUAAUUUAGCAUCAACUGUUCUUGAAUUGAAAAAGUUAGGAGUAGAUGAUCUUGUUCAUUUUGAUUUCAUGGAUCCUCCAGCUCCAGAAACUAUGAUGAGAGCAUUAGAAGAAUUAAACUAUUUACAAUGUUUAUCAGAUGAAGGUGAUUUAACUGCAUUAGGUAGAUUAUCAUCACAGUUCCCAUUAGAUCCGCUGUUAGCUGUUAUGUUAAUUGGAUCUCCAGGAUUCAAUUGUUCUGAAGAGAUAUUAACUAUUGUUGCAUUAUUAUCAGUACCUAAUGUAUUUGUUAGACCAGCAUCUGCUAGAAAGAGAGCUGAUGAAUGUAAGAUGAGAUUUUCUCAUCCAUCAGGUGACCAUAUUACUUUAUUAAAUGUGUAUGACGAAUUUCAAGGAAAUGAUGCAUUUGAAACUGGAUUACAUCAAUGGUGUAGAGACAAUUUCUUAAGUUAUAGAUCAUUAACUAGUGCUAAGAGUGUCAGAUCACAAUUAAGAAGAAUUAUGGAAAAAUUUGAUUUAGAAUUGAUAUCAAGUACAAAUGAAGAUGAAGUUAGAAAGGCACUUGCUGCUGGAUUUUUCAUGCAAGUUGCAAAGAAGAGAUCAGGUGGUAAAGGUUAUUUAACAAUAAAGGAUAAUCAAGAAGUUUUAAUCCAUCCAUCGACUGUGUUAGGGAAAGAUCCUGAAUGGGUUAUAUAUAAUGAAUUUGUCUUAACAAGUAAGAAUUAUAUAAGGACAGUCACCUCAGUUAAUCCUGAAUGGUUGGUUGAAAUAGCUCCAAAGUAUUAUAAUUUGGAACAUUUCAAUAAGGGAGAUGUUAAAUUAUCGUUAGAAAGAAUAAUAGAUUCAGUUGAAACUAAGAAGAAGAUUGAAAAGAAGGAGAAAAAGGAAAAGAAGAGUAAGAAAUAGUUAUAAUCUAAUAAAUUGUAUAAUAGAUAGAAAAUUAAUAAGUCAUUUAGAUACACUGUGCGGAAUGUAGUAGAAAAGAUAACCCAAGGUGAGAACUGUAAGCUUACUUUGAUAAGUAAAAUUUUGAC